AUGAAGGAGGAGCGUGUUUUGUUUUCAGAGACACUGGCUCUGCAGGAUAUCGAUUCACAACUGUCUCUGCUGCUGGAACCACAACAGGCAUCCAACGGCAUCAUAGCAAAUGCUAAUGACGAUGAGGAGGAACGGGCAAGGAAGAAAGCUCAGAAUAGAGCUGCUCAAAAAGCGUUCAGAGAACGAAAAAUGGCAAGAAUGAAGGAUCUGCAGGAUAGAUUAUCACAGAGUGAGUUCGAAAAAUUCACUCUGUUACAAGAAAUUGAUCAAUUGAAAUUAUUAAAUAUAGAAAUACAUACGGAGAAUCAAUUUCUCCGAAAGCAAUCAUCGAAUAAGAACAUAUCGCAGGUCCCUCAGGGCUUGUCGCCUCCUACCAGCUUGUCGGACGAGAACGGUGCACAGUUCAAUUCAACAUCGUUCUCAUUCCCAACAAAGGACACUUUUUUCAAGUCCCUCAUGAUCGAUCAGUUUGGGGAAGAGUUUAUUCAGCAGAGGCAUUCCGACGACAAUCAAUACUCCGGUGUGCAGUUAUUGUCUGUCCCGGCAACUUGGGAAUAUUUACAGAAGAUUAUUCAGAAUAAUCACGAUAUUGAAUUCGAUAUGAUUAUGGUAAUGAAUAAUUUGAAGAAAAAUCAUAUUUGUGCAGAAGAAGGUCCCUCAUACCCAAUAUACUUAAUUAAUCAAAUGAUCGUAAAAGCUAUCGAAGCAUCAUCCUCCUCAUCACCAACUAUGUAA